AUAUAUAUAUUUAUCUCGUUUUAAAUACAAACGUUUUUUUAAAGUUUCAAUCAACGCGAUCAAAUUUCAGUGCGAUUUGCCCAAAGACCGAAAUCAACGAGUAAAAAGAAACUUUUUACAAAAUGACUCCUGCACAAAAGAUAUAAAAACGCUCGUGCGGUAGAAAGCAAUGAACCAAUCAUGAUUUUGUUUUUACGGAAAAGCCAUAAAUUGAGUGGCUAGUGUAGCUACCGCUUUGCUUUCUGCCACGUGGCAAGCGUUUCCGAGCCAAUAGAAUAGAGAACACGAAGUGCAAGGAACGGUUCUAUCGCAUAACCAAUAAUCCCUCUUCCUCACAUGUUUCUGUCACCGACAAACGCUUACAUUUCGCGCCAUUCUGAUUGUCAAGUGUUACUGCAUAUUAAAAAAAACCGUUAAAAUAUAAUUAAUUAUCGAGUGCCAUUUGAUAUAACAAGCGUGAGAGAUGUCGGAAUCCUCUAAUGUGCAUGUAGAUCCGGAGGAUACUAUCAACGUCCUAGUAGCCACGGAUAUUCAUCUCGGUUUCGACUACAGUAAAAAGAGAGGAGGGCAAUCGGACGAGAGUUUCGUAACGUUCGAAGAAAUAUUAAAAUAUGGCAAAGAGAAGGAAGUCGAUUUUAUUUUGCUGGGCGGUGAUUUGUUUCACGACACUAAACCGUCGCAAACCGCGUUACUCAAAUGUGUAGAACUGCUGCGAAAGUAUUGCUUGGGCACUAGAGAAUGCAAGCUGGAAUUCUUGAGUGAUUCGGAACUAGUAUUCCAACACUGUGCACAGAAGCAUGUGAAUUACGAAGAUCCGAAUUUGAAUGUCUCAAUGCCAAUAUUCACUAUUCAUGGAAAUCAUGAUGAUCCAAGUUUUGGUACUGUCGGUUCAAUGGAUAUACUGUCAGCUACUGGACUUAUAAAUUACUUUGGAAAAUGGACAGACCUUUCUCGCAUAACUGUAUCUCCCAUAGUUUUGAAGAAACGUAAUACUUAUGUUGCACUUUAUGGUUUGAGUUACAUUAAUGACCAAAGAUUAUCAAGAUUAUACAGGGAUGAGAAGGUGGAAUUGUUACGUCCGAAAAAUAUGGACCCUUUCAAUAUAUUUGUUUUGCAUCAAAAUCGUGUCAAACAUGGUGAUUAUGCUUAUGUACCAGAAAAUAGAUUGCAUAAAUUCCUCGAUUUAGUUAUUUGGGGUCAUGAACAUGAAUGUCGUAUUACUCCUGAAUUCAAUGAAGAAGGUGGAUAUCAUAUUUCUCAACCAGGAAGCUCCAUUGUUACCUCUUUAUGCGAGAGUGAAUCAAAAGCCAAGCAUGUGGGUCUCCUUAAAAUAAAUAAGAAAAAUUUCAAGAUGAAAGAUUUAAAAUUAAAAAGCGUUCGACCAUAUAUUUUUGAGAACAUGAUUCUCCGAGAUCAUGACAUUAAAAGUAAAGUAGGAAAUUACAUCUCAAUGCAAGAGACUGUGCUUAAAUAUGUAGAUCACUAUAUCGAAAAUGAAAUCAUGCCUAAAGUUGCUAAACAACUCACAGGCUAUCCUAAUCAACCAGUUCAACCUUUAAUUCGAUUAAGAAUAUUUUAUGACGAUGAAAAUGAACAAUUUGAUACAAUAAGUUUGGCGCAAAGAUAUUGUGAUGAAGUUGCUAAUCCAAUGGACAUGAUUCUAUUUCGUAAGAUAAAAGCCGGUGACAAAAAGCGUGUCAUUCCUGAUCUAAUUGAUGAUAUGGAUGAUAUUACAGAAUUAUUCCAAGGAGAUGUAGAACAAGAUUGGACUAGCACAGUGCCAGGAGGAAUUAAAAAAUAUUUUGAUAUGGAAGAAAAUAAAGAUAAGUUAACAGUAUUGACUGUAACAGCAUUAAAUGAAGCUUUAAAUCGAUAUGUUGAUAAAAAUGAUACGGACGCCUUUAAGAAUAUUAUAAGAGAUCAAAUGAGAAGAACCAUCGAGUAUGUACAAGCGCAAAAUACUGAGACCGUAGAAGAUAUUCGCGCCGAAAUAAAAAGUUUCCGCGAUAAAAGACUUUCAGAGGACCAAGAGGAGCGGCAUAAUAUUCUUGAAGCGCUGGAUAGACCACCGCAACCUGUUCCUAGAGUCUUUAAGCAAACUUGCUUGCCAACUGCCAAUGCAACAUUUGAUAGUAAUGAAAGUGAUGAAGAUUUAAAUACAACUUCAACUAAAUCUAGAGGAAGGGGUAGGGGUAGGGGUUCUAGAGGCGGUAGAGGAUCCAGAGGACCCAGAGGAAGUCGCGGAAAAGGAAAUGAGAGCAAUAUAAAAACAAAUUCCAGAAGUGUGCAGUCGAAGAACCAAUUUAUUAUUAUAAGUGAUUCUGACUAAUAUUAUAUGAGAAGAUGCACAUAUGAAAGAUGCACUAUAUAUUUUUUAUUUUUAUUUUGUACAAGUAUAAAGUUUAAUAAAAAUUACAACAAAUA